AUGUACUGCAUCUGAAGUGGCCUAUGAAUAGCAAAUCUAUGUGUAACAAGGUUUCCAUGUUUGGAAACCCCCACACAGGCUGUGCUUUGAGGUCGGCCACAUUGACGACACGGGUAGCAAUGCUCACUGUGACGCAUGUAAAGCAGUAGAUAGUGCCGUUGCACGGAGCCCCCACCCUGCCCUGGCUGCUGUCUGAUAACCCAGAGGAGGGAAACAACACAUCUGCCCGAGACCUGAACCAUUGCACCACAUUUUCUCUCCAACGGCAGGAAUUGUUCUUUCAUCCUUUUUCUACCCCUCGGUCCUUUCAGCAUUCACGGCGUUCAUGUUGGGGAUAAAAUGGUUGACUAAGUCGCGUCUUUGUCGCCCAUGGUGAAGCUCUGACCUCUGCUGAAAAGAGACUCUGGAUAUUCAGCUCACUCUGUUAUUCAGUCCGAAAGGCUGCAAUGCUGUCAAAUAGGGAGAAGACGCUAAUUAAUGAAAUAUGGGAUAGGCUGACUCCUGCGGCUGAAGAGAUUGGGUCAGAUGCGCUCAAUAGGAUGUUCGCCUCAUAUCCUGGCACCAAGACAUACUUUUCCCAUCUAGACAUCAGUCCUGGCUCCCCGCACCUGCUCUCUCACGGGAAGAAGAUUGUCCUGGCCAUCGUGGAGGGAGGCAAGCACAUCGACCAGCUGACCGUCGCCCUGGCUCCUCUGCAAACCUUUCACGCCUACCAGCUCCGGAUAGACCCCACCAACUUCAAGCUGUUUUCACACUGUAUGCUUGUGACCCUGGCCUGUUAUAUGGGCGAAGACUUCACACCGGUAGUACACGCCGCAAUGGACAAGUUCCUGUCAGCGUUCGCAGCUGUGCUGGCUGAGAAAUACAGAUGAGACACUGAGCCAUCGUUUCUAGGGAGUGCACUGAACAUUUAUGACGACAUAUUAUUCUAUAUUUAUGCAUGUGUAAUUGCUGUUAUGAUGUAAUGGUUUGUAAUAAUAAAAAAAGUGCAAUUA